AUGGGGCUGGAGUGGAGCCGGUCGGAGGAGAGGCGGCCGCUGCUGGCCGGGUCCCGGGCUCCGCGGGUGUUCGGGCGGCGCUGGCUCGUGCUGCUGCUCUUCUCCCUCAUCGGCUUCAUGCAGGGCCUGGUGUGGAACAACUGGGGGCCCAUCCAGAACUCGGCCCGCUCGGCCUACCGCUUCUCCAGCCUGGACAUCACCCUGCUCGUCCUGUGGGGGCCCAUCGGCUUCCUGCCCUGCUUCCUCUUCAUGUGGCUGAUGGACACCCGGGGUCUCCGCGUGACCGUCCUCCUCACGUUGCUGCUCAUGGUGCUCGGCGCAGGUCUGCGGUGCGUCCCAGUGUCAGACUUGGGGUUGAGAAGAAUCUUCAUACAUGGAGGUCAGCUCCUGAAUGGAUUUGCAGGACCCACUGCCAUGAACGGUGGUCCAUUUCUUUCCUCAACGUGGUUCUCCCCAAAUGAGCGCGCUACAGCCACUGCCAUUGCUUCCAUGCUGAACUACUUGGGAGCAGCUUGUGCAUUUUUAAUUGGACCUUUAAUUGUUCCUGCUCCGAACGACACGUCCAGCAGCCUCCUGACACAAGAACACGUAGAGACCAUCCAGGACCGGAUCGAGGCAGUGAUGUAUGCGGAGUUUGGGAUCAUCACCGUGCUCUUUGCGGCUGUUCUGGCUUAUUUCCCUGCCCGACCCCCGGUGCCCCCCAGUGUGGCAGCCGCUAGCCGCAGGCUCAGCUACCGGAGCAGUAUCGGAAGGCUGCUGAGUAACGGUCGCUUUCUGAUGAUCGUUUUCGCCUAUGCCGUCCCUCUGGGAUUCUACUCCGGCUGGUCGGGAGUUUUAGAUCUGAUUCUAACCCCAAUACAUGUAAAUCAGGUGGAUGCCGGCUGGAUCGGUUUCUGGUCAAUUGUGGGCGGAUGUUUUCUGGGAAUUGCUGUUGGACGGUUUGCAGAUUCUGUCCGGGGCGUCCUGAAGCCAAUCCUCGUCCUGCUCUUUUCGGCUUCUACACUUUCAGCCACCUGGUUCACACUGACCUUUCUAAGCAACUUCACCCACCUCCCCCUCACCACCGCGACCCUUUACACCUCGUGCAUCCUGAUCGGAGUCUUUCUCAACAGCACGGUGCCAAUAUUCUUCGAGAUGUUUGUGGAGACCGUUUACCCCGUCCCAGAGGGCAUCACCUGUGGCUUUGUCACCUUCUUGAGUAAUAUCUUCACUGGACUCUUGUUGGUGUUUUUAACUUUUUAUAACACAGAGUUGUCGUGGCUGAACUGGUGCCUGACGGGAUCUAGCUUUCUCAGCCUGCUCCUUCUCGUCUGCUUCAGGGAAUCCUAUGAUAGACUCUAUCUCGAUGUCUUUAUAUCCGUGUAAUGGCCCCAAACGGGCUGAACACUCCGCUCACGGCACAAUUGUCUGGAAUUGCACAAUAGACUGGAGGAAGACGAGCGACACGAGGCCGCUGGGCUGAUAUUAACUACUAAAUAAAAAGUCCCACAUGUGCAUUUUACUCUGUGGUCCCCGGGACGGAGGAGCAUCAAUUACCAGGGAAGUCUGCGGCUCUCGCCCGCUGCGGGAGUCAUUAUUAGAGGUGGAGGAUCUUUAUGUUUUAAUGAUGAAUAGGUUGCAAUAUGUCGAGUCUGACCACAAGGUUGGUAAUCUGCGGGGAGGUGGGCAGCGUCUGUUAUAAGUGGACUGAAUGGCGGAUAAUCUCCUGUAUGUACACGAGGGCCCAACAUGCUCCCCGAGAAGAGGACUGACUGACGCCUGUGCGCCGGUGUCCUGCAUGGCCCCCCCCCGGAGAUGGAAUCCACCACUACAGCCUUCUUAACCAGGAUACGGCUGCCGGACCGUCCCGUGAAGACCCCCACGAUGGGAUGUACUGCUGCUGUAGUAGAAGUUGUCCGUUUGGUUGCAGAUCUGUAAUUGUACAAUGAUUCCGGUUGUCCCUGAACUUUCACAUCUCUUUUCCUAAAAUACAUUCUAAAAAUGAUGUCGUUGGCUGAUUUUACCUUCCGGCCAGUCUUCCUCCAAAUGCCCACUUUUCAGUGUUGCCAAGUAAGCGGCCUGUAGGUUCCAGUCUCUUUAGAGCACGUGGAGGAGGCGCCAGGAGGGCUCCGUACUGGUGUAAGCUCCUGCCUGCGCCCGCUACUCUGCGGGGCACAUCUGUCCAGGAGGAACAGUGAGUCAGUCUGUCUACAACGCUCACAAGUAACUGGCACCGUCUCCACGUCCUCCAUACCGCUGGAGGAGGCGGAUUGUGGCAGCGCGAAGGUAAAAUCUAUUAACAAACUCUGCAAAGAUGAUUUUUAGGGCAUUUGGAAAAGUGGUCGUCUGUUCUAGUAACGAAUUGCACCCCCAUGUAAUAGUUCUGAUAGCAAUUCAUUCUUAACUUCUAGCAUGUAUAAUAGAGGAAUGGCUCAACAUACAGUCGUAGGAAUAGGUACUCCAGAAUUAUUACAUGAGGAAUGCAAGUACUUACUAACACAGACCUGUCAGGACUGGGGAUCACUAUCUGCCGCCGAUAGAGGGUCCCGAGUGUUUACAGUAUAUGACUGCAUGGCCUUAUCUGUACGGGGUUAUUCCUUCUGCAGCUCCUCCAUAUUUACUUAUCUUUAAUCUGCAAUGAGGAGUCUUGGUCGGACGGUUACAGUUGUGUAUUGCUGACCUAUUCUCAGGAUGGGUCAUCAGUAUCAGAUCGGAGAGCGCCGUGGCCUAUCCGUUGGCUAGUGGCUGUGCCUGGUAUUGCGGCUGAGGCCUAUUCACUUCACUGAGACCUGUACCUUGGCCAUGGGACUGAUGUCGGGUCGGACCCCCACCCAUCUGUUAUUGGUGACCUGUCCUGAGGAUAGGCCGACACUAUAGGAGUCUCUGAAAACUCCUACAACGUUUGAGGAUCUGUACGUGUGUGUGAAACGUCGGAUAGAAUAUACUGUAUAUGUAGAGGGGUUUAUUCCUUUGGCGCCAUCACUGGCUUUUCUGACUUGGCCUUUAUUUUAGUGUUUUUGUUUUUUUUGUCUCGGCCAUACUGAGAGGAGACUGAUGAAGUUGCACUGCUUUUCCUCCUCUGUGACCUCAGAUCUUCAGGAUAAGGUGGAGCCGCGACUCCAUGCGGCAUUAUGUUUGUCGUGUACUCGUGCUGCUAAUAUUCCGGAGAGCGAAACGCUAAGGUUCCCGGUGUCUCUCCUUCUCUCAUCGCUAACCUAGUGGGAUUGUUCUCUAAUCUCUGUAUAUGAUGCCGGUUGUUCCUUGUCUGAUGCUCUGUUAACCUGUUCACUGCUAGGAUUGUCAGGUAACCCGAUUUUUAUAAGGAUUUUUUUAGUUUAUGGUGAAAUAAAAAACCUUUUAAAAACCUUUUGUGUUUAUU